AGCAACAGGAGACGGGGGGAGGGGGAGGGAGUGAGCGAUGGGCGGUCAUUUAACCGGGAAAAGCAGCGGCACCCCCGCAGCGCCAGGGCGAGGUUCCAGGGGGUUGGGCUAAGAAGGCGAGGCUGCAGCCGAGGGUAGCUGAGGCCCGGCUCAGAAUGAGGGCUGGGCUGCUCAGUCCCGGCAGCAGUUUGCAGCCAUGGUCGCAAACGCCACGGGCGAAGAAGCUCCGCUGCAAGCGGCGCCCAGCCCCGGCAAAAGGAAGCGCUGGGCGGCUGCCGCCAGCGAGGAUGUCACUCCGGAAGACAGGGCGGAGGGAGUCCCGGACGGCGCGGGCAUCCGAGCGCCGCUGAAAAGGCUCAAGUGGCCGAGGUACAGAGCCUGGAGCCCGGGGUCGGGCCGCCGCUGCGGCCUGGAGCCGUCACUUUGUAGCCGCCCUUCAGAGGCGGACGGUGACAGUCCCGCCCUUCCAAGCUGCGGCUCCCCUCCCCGGCUGACAGCUCACCUCGAUUUACAGUUUCUCAGGGAAUACGGACAGAAAUGCUACCACCUUAACCGGGAAUCUGAGAAGAAAUUUCAUCCCCGGAACUGCCUGGCACGUCAGCCCCAGGUAACUGCAGAAGACAGAUGUAAACUGGUUAGCUGGCUGAUCCAAGUUCACAGACACUUUAACUUCUCCUUCGAAUCGAUGUGCCUCACUGUGAACAUUAUGGACCGUUUCCUUCAAACGACCCCCGUGGCUUCCGAUUGUUUCCAGCUUGUCGGAGUAACGUCGCUUCUCCUCGCAUGCAAACAAGUUGAAGUUUACCCUCCCAGAAUUAAACAGCUCCUUUCUCUCUGCUGUGACGCGUUUACCGGGGACCAGCUCCGGAACCUGGAGUGUAUCAUUCUCAUCAAACUCAAUUUCGAGCUGCUCACACCGAGCGUGGACUUUUUCUUGGAGCAUUUUACCGUCACCAGGAUAGAGCAUGAACAGCCGCGCGGUCAGGCUGCCAGCUCAGAGCGCCUGGCCAGGCGCCUUGUCGAGCUCAGCUUCGCCGACUACUCCUUCAAUGGAUACCCGCCCUCCCUGCUGGCCUGCUCUGCCCUCAUCCUGGCCGAUCGGAUGUUACAUCCCGGGGGAGAUCCCAGCUCGGAGCUCAGCGAUUACCCGCCCUGCCUGCUGGAGGACUGUGUGCAGAGACUGAAGUUGCUGGUAGCUUUGAACGAAGAGUCACUGGCUCCCUUGCAAGUCUUUGAGCCGACAGACAGUGAGCUCAGCACUGAGUUCUGACCGUGUUUCCCAGCCCCUCACAUUAAGGGCAUCUCUGAUUUCGCGCAGCAUUGCAUCAACGUUAAUCAAAAUCAAACAAAAUCAUCAGAUUCGACUAUAUGGAGGUGAAGAAAACGACUGGAAAUCAAUGUGACUGUUAGUUUACAUUUACAGAUUAGAGUUUUAGUUUAGGUGGAACUCGUUGUAAAGUCAUUCACAUGCAGAUGGGGUGAUACAAAAAUGUCAUUAAUGCGGGAUUAUCAGGGAGGUAACAGAAGUCUGAAAACUUGAUGAUAAUCUCUUUUUAUUGUGAACAAAUGAAACAUAUCCGACCUCAGCCGUGCUGUUUACUAAGGAAGAAUAGUACUGUAAUCUGUAAAUAUAUUGUAUGUAUCUCACAUUUUACAACGGCAUUAUGGA